UCCUGGGCAGCUCUGCGGACAUGGAUGUGUUCCAGAAGAUAGAGAAGAUCGGAGAGGGCACCUAUGGAGUGGUGUAUAAGGCCAAGAACAAGGAGUCAGGGCAGCUCGUGGCCCUCAAGAAGAUCAGGCUGGAUCUGGAGGUCGAGGGGGUCCCAAGCACCGCCAUCAGGGAGAUCUCCUUGCUCAAAGAACUGAAGCACCCCAACAUCGUCAGGCUGCUGGAUGUGGUGCACAAUGAGAAGAAGAUUUACCUGGUGUUUGAGUUCCUCAGCCAGGACCUGAAGAAGUACAUGGACUCUGCCCCAGCCUCGGAGCUCCCCCUGCACUUGGUCAAGAGCUACCUCUUCCAGCUGCUGCAGGGGGUGAAUUUUUGCCACUCUCAUCGGGUCAUCCACCGAGAUCUGAAGCCCCAGAAUCUGCUCAUCAGUGAGAUGGGUGCCAUCAAGCUGGCUGACUUUGGACUGGCUCGAGUCUUCGGGGUGCCCCUACGCACUUACACCCACGAGGUGGUGACACUGUGGUAUCGCGCCCCUGAGAUCCUCUUGGGCAGCAAGUUUUAUUCGACAGCUGUGGAUGUCUGGAGCAUUGGUUGCAUCUUUGCAGAGAUGGUGACUCGCAAAGCCCUGUUUCCUGGUGACUCUGAGAUUGACCAGCUCUUUCGUAUCUUUCGUACCCUGGGAACACCCAGUGAAGCCAUAUGGCCAGGGGUCACCCAGCUGCCUGAUUAUAAGGGCACCUUCCCCAAGUGGACCAGGAAGGGGAUGGAGGAGAUUGUGCCCAAUCUGGAGCCAGAGGGCAAAGAUCUGCUUAUGCAACUCUUGCAGUAUGACCCCAGCCGGCGGAUCUCGGCCAAGGCCGCCCUUGCCCAUCCGUACUUCUCAUCUGCGGAGCCCCCCCGGGCCCCCUGCCAGAGAGUGCUGAAGCAUUUUUGCUGCUGAGAACGUGGAGGGCCCACCACCUUGAAUCCUCUCUCCAGGGGCUACCCCAGCUGCCUCCCCACCCAUUUCCCAAGAGAGAGGACAAAUCUGGGGAGAGAGCAAAGCUCUAAGGAAUUUGGCAUCAGCCGUCAGAGGGCUGAGUUUGGGCUAGUCCUGCCAGCAGGUUAGCGAGUUCUUCUGUUGUUUGUUGGGUUUGACGGUGCUGUUUCAAAACGGGCACAGAUGCUCCAUGCAUGGGGGUGUACGUUAGAGGGGGUACUCCAGCACUGGAACAACAGGUGCCAAGUUGAGAGCAGGAAGCCUGCCCUGGCGCUGCUGACUAGGUAGUCCUCAGGCCUUCACCUGCCCCGGCCUGCAGCAGCAGAGCCAGACGCCUAGGAAAGGGUGCCCCCUGCUGGGCUUUUUGGAUUUAAAAUGUUUGGGGGAAGAGUUGAGUUCCAGUUCAGAGUGCCAAGUUCAGGACGAGGGGGUGAGGGAGAGGAGAGAGGGCACUUUCCUGAUCCUAGGAGAGGUCGGGGCCAAUGCGGCUGUUGUAACUAGUUGUCACUUCACCCAAGAUAUGCUUAUGUUGGUUUGCUUCUGGCUUGUCAAACAGGAAAUAAACGUGACAUUCCUGAG